AUGGCUGUAAGAAACCUAGCUAAGGUAUUUUUCGCUUUGAUCUUCGAUAAGGCACAUUGUGCCGCUUUUGUCGGUCGCGACAACGGAUUCGGCAACAACUACGUUUGGGCAGCUUCGCUAGAAUCUGGUCUCCAGAUAGCCACUAACCACAAGAAACCGCUGAUGGUAAUCAUUCACAAGUCGUGGUGCCACGCCUGCAAAAACUUAAAGACGAAAUUCGCCAAUUCACCAGAAAUACAGACACUGAGCAAACAUUUCGUGAUGGUUAACUUACUGGAUGAAGAGGAACCACAGAACGGUAUUUUUGCACCGGAUGGAUCAUAUAUACCCAGGAUCCUCUUUAUAUCACCCAAAGGAUUAGUAGAUCCUGAAAUCUUCAACGAAGAAGGGAGCAGUCAACACAAGUAUUUUUACAGCAAACCUGAACAGAUCGCCAAGUCUAUGAAGAGAGUCCUUGAGAAAUACGAGCUCCAUACGUUUGAUGUGUGA